AUGCUAAGGAACCCCACAGUAGUGUGCCAGGCAGGUACAGGAAGGUGCGUCGUAGACAAGGCUCACAGGAACCAGUGCCAAGCUUGCAGGCUCAAGAAGUGCCUUAGCAUGGGCAUGAACAAAGACGGUAACGCAUGCGCUGUUUCUCUCCCACCAUCCCUCACCUGCACAAAACCAAUAACCAGAACCACCAUGGCAACACCCCCCUCCCCCUUCCACCCUCUUUCCUUCCGAAAACAUCCCUACACUAUCGUUCAGCCAAUGAAAACCUUAUCCAUGCUGUCUUUGGAAGGGUCUUCUACCCCAGGCCAACACGCUGCUACCUUCUGA